GAGGAUCAGUGUGUGUGUGUGUGUUUCAUGGGAAAAACUGCAGUAACACCACUGUGUGUCUCACAGACAGACUUUACAGGCUGUGCACAGGGACAGAUCAGCUGGACACUUCAAUACCACGGACUAGAGAGCAUCUCAAUCCGCUGGCUGUGUUGUCUGAGUCAGAGAGGAGCGGAGCGUCAUGUCAGAAGCGUUUGACUGUGACGGAUGUAAGGAGUCUCUGUACGGGAGGAAAUACAUCCAGGUGGACGACGUUCCUCACUGCGUCCCCUGUUACGACCGGCUGUACGCAAACACCUGCCAGCAGUGCAAAGAGCUCAUCCAACACAACGCACGCGAGCUGUAUUAUGAGGAGAGCUAUUAUCACGAACACUGUUUGCGCUGCUCACACUGCAGCCGUUCUCUGGCCGACGAGCCGUUCACCCGUCAGGAAGACGUCCUGGUGUGUAACGAGUGUUACCGUAAUGAGCUUUCCUCUAAAUGUGUGGCCUGCGCCAAGACUGUGAUGCCAGGCUGUAAGCGGCUGGAGUACGGAGGCUGCUCGUGGCACGAGGAAUGUUUUGUGUGUUGCGGCUGUGAGAAGCCCAUCGGCGGACAGUCGUUCAUCCCAGAUAAGGAUGAGUUUUACUGUGUGCCCUGUUACGAGGGACGAUUCUCCCCCCGCUGCGCCCACUGCAAACAGAUCUUGGUUCAGGGUGGCGUUACGUACAGAGACGAGCCCUGGCAUAAAGAGUGUUUCUUGUGUUCGGGUUGUAAAGUCCAGCUGGCCGGACAGCCUUUCACAACGCAGGGUGAAGAUCCGUUCUGUGUGAAGUGCUUCAGUAACCUGUACGCCCAAAAGUGUGUCGCCUGCGACAAACCCAUCACAGGUUUUGGAGAAGGGAAGUACGUGUCGUUUGAGGAUCGUCAGUGGCAUCAGUCGUGUUUUAAGUGUUCUGAGUGUUCGGUGUCUCUGGUCGGCGCCGGAUUCUUCCCCGACGGGACAAAGAUUCUCUGCAAAAGCUGCAAUGCCAAAUAAUUCAAAACUGCUUCUGUAGAUGUGCUGAAGAACAAACCGUUGUGUAAUAGAAACACAUUUAUGAAACGUUUGACAUAAUUUAUACAUGUAUAAUGUACAUGAAAGUUUAGGUUACAUUCUCCCAAAUCUGUAUGUUAAA